AUGGACAAGCUUUUCUCAAGCAGCAAGACCACUAGUCCUGUCUAUACCUUCACGAUCGACAACAAAGGUCAGACGGUGAACUGUCGGGAUGUCAACCAAACCAUCCUAUCCAUCUUCAGCUUCCACAUUCAGAAGAGCAAACCACAUUUGAUCAUCUCGCGCGUUCCACCCCCCGGUUGGAAUGCCACGCCUUUCGUGAUAGCGACGUGCACCCUCCACCGCUCCCCCUCAAGCAAGAUCGACGUUAGUAUACGCGGACGCGAAUUCCAGCUGAAGCGUGACCUACUCAAAGGCGACAACCACCAUUUUGAUUACCCGCCACUGGGCCAUUUCAAGUGGAAGCCGGACGCCUGGGGAGGAAGCAAGCUGGAGCUAUAUGACAGUUCGCGACAGCUGCUGGCGAAAUACAAGGAGAAGACCUCCUUGCUGAAGUCAAGUCAACAGCUAGAAGUGUUUGUCCGUGGGGACGAGAUGCUGCUGGAUAUGAUUCUGGUGACGGCGUUGGUGAUGCGGCAUUAUAUGCAGGUGGAGAACAAACAGAUUGAUACUGUGAUGGACGUGCUGGGUAAUUUGUCGGGUAGUACUUGA